UUCGAUAAUGUUUUGUUAUUUGUCGUGGGAGCUGUCGUGCUUAUGAUGAUUGGGUACUGCUCAGCUUUUGAAAUUGUAUAUAUGACUGAUCGCUGUGGUGAAACUGUGAUUGGUGGAGCUGGUGGAUUCAUAGAACCAGAUACGAGUCUUUCUUAUCCAAACGACAUGGACUGUACCAUUGUGGUAACAGUUGAGGCAGAACACAAGAUACUACUUCAGAUCACUAGAUUUUCACUGGAACCACCUGUUGAUGGUGCAUGUGUGGAUAAACUGAAUAUUUACGAUGGCGGUAGCGUGUCGAGCCCCAGCCUGAGUGGGGAUUUGUGUGAUUCCCAGACUGUUGCCGAUAUGGUGUCAUCAGGUAACAUGCUCACUUUCCGUAUGCAGACUGAUGUCAUAGGAAAUGGCCACGGAUUUGCAAUUGUAUACACAGCUUAUCUUGAUAAAACUGAUGGAGUGUCCUGUCCUACAGAUUACUUUGCAUGUAAUAAUGGUAUCUGUAUACUGUCUGAGUUAGAGUGUAACAACUUUGAUCAGUGUGGGGAUGGAACAGAUGAAUCUAACUGUAAAGAAGAUGAUGAUCUCAUAGACGGAGGAUUGACCGUGGGUCAAGUGAUUGCUAUCAUUUUGGGAAUCCUACUGCUGGCUGUGCUUGUUGGUGCCAUAGUGUACUUUGUAAAACGUCAUCAAAAAGCCAAGCGACUUACAGAGGAAAUUAUGAUGACAGAGAAAGUUAUUUAUCCUCGUGAUAAUGUCUACAGUGAUAAAGACUUUUGGGGUGAUCGACCGGUAUCAUCUUUUAACAGGAGAUCAGGAACUUCUUAGUUAAACUUCAAGUGAAUUGCAUCAUGAC